AUGGAGACAAGCGGUGGUGUAGUGUUUAGCCAACACUAUAACACAGUUUGCGACACGAGCUCCACCGUAUGCCCACUAUACUCAACAUGUCUAAAUGACCCUGCGGGAAAUUCUUUAUAUAGUUGUAAGUGCACACCACUCAACUCAUUCACUGCCACCAGCAAAACCCAGGUUGAUAUCUAUAAAGCCGUUGGGCCCGACGAUAAACACGUGAUUGAGAUUUGCUCUGUGAACAAAGUAUGUGAGGGCAAAUGUACGACUAAUGGCAAGUGUCACGUGGCUGUGGAGCCAACGGGCGUUAACGCCUAUGAGGCACUUCCCAUCUGCGUGUGUAAUAAAGGUUUCACAUACGACGGCACAGUUUGCAAUGAUAACUGCGGCCAUAUUGACUGCAAUAAUAACGGAAAGGCUUCACUAAUCAACGACCGGUGCGUUUGCGACUGUAAUGAGAAAUAUUACGGCGUCGACUGUAAGAACGAGUACAGUGUGUCAAACGGCGGUUGGAUCGCCGGUAUUGUGGUGUUGGCGGUGGCCGUUGUGGUCGUGGGAAUUGUUGCCGGAAUAUUCUUUAGAAAAUCACGAAAGCAUUCGGGUGGUCACGGAGGCCAACAUAUGGAUGACUUUGGGUCCGCCACCGCAUACCGACCGCCCAACAGCGCAUCCUUGGUCACUAUUUGCCCCUGGUACAAUAUAAAUACUGCUAAUAUUGUACAUUUUGUUGCCAUGUCCAGAAUGCCCCGCAGUAUUAAGCCUAAGCACCGGUAUGGGUCUCGACUCUGCUGGUUUGGCUUUGGCUUGGCGUCACUGGUCUGCCUUUGGGACACCGCUAUUGGGUUGGCUUUGGCGGCUCUCUGUUGGCUCGGCACUGGUAUCUACUGGCUUCGCCGUGAAUACCCUGCGUUCACCGUCGGUCUUGCCUUCGCCCGCAAACACACCGAUUCACGCCGUCACUCACUACUUUUAACCGUCGGUCUCUCCUCGCGCCCGUCAUCCUUCGGCACCCGUCGCUGGACUCUCAUCACGUCGGUCACCCUCUGGACUCUCGGCAAACAUAAGUCGCCAUCCGAUCGACACAUCAUACGCUCGCUUCCCUGUUGUCCACCAGACACUAGUCGACCCCGCCUGUACACCCGCCGUCUGUGCCGUCACUCCCGGACUCUCGCCGUUCACCCACCGUCUGUGCCGUCACUCUCGGACUCUCGCCGUUCACCCGCCGUCUGUGCCGUCACUCUCGGACUCUCGCCGUACACUAGCCGUCUGUGCCGUUACUCCCGGACUUUCGCCGUACACCCACACUAUCGACCGACUCUGGCAGACCGGUACCAAUACAUUGUUGCUGUAAUCGCUCUCCUCACUUGGGUUGCUUUUGCCGCUGCACUCGUGGUGUUCUGUUGGUCUGAGGAUUGGGUUGGGCCUCUACUUUUCGUCACUUCUGCUGUACUGGCUGUUUGGUUAGUCGGCUAUUUGUGCCCGGAAGCCUUCGACAUAACAGACCUCUACCCAGACGUAGCACUCCAACACGUUGCCGUCUAUACCAUCGAAUUACCGUCUGGUUUGUUGAUCACCGGUACAUUUCGUGACCCCAUAUUUGGUGCCAUACCUUUUCAAUCCGUCUCAUCAGUCCCACGGCAAACACAUCACUCCACAGCCAUCCGUCCGCCGGCACUGCCGUCUCUGACCGAAACUCCCGGAACAGUUGUCGAUUGUGAAUAUGGAUACCACUCAACAGCCGACCUCUUCGUCUAA